CGGAGUAUCGGAGUUCGGAACAUCGGGGCGGAAGGCAGAAAGGACGACUUCGUAGGAUGAGAGGGAGUGAGAGGGGCCGAGGGUCUUUUACAAUUCGCAGCAGCGGCAGCAGCUUCUUCGCCCCGAGGAUUAGCGAGAGAGGCGAGGCGAGGCGGAGGGGAUCGAAGGCAAGCGAGGCGACAUGGUAGGAUUAGAGUGCGAAGUCGGGAGCGCGAGGUAGCACUCGUUUGCGUUUCGCGCACAGAAUUAGGUUUUUUCGCGCGAGGGAGGUCGAGAGGAGCCUCAAGUGGACUUUGUGGAGAUUGGGUGUCGCCCCUGGGCGAGCAAAGGUCGCAGGUUGCUAACGAGGCCGAUUAGGGGUUUCAGGUGUAGUUCAGGAACAGGUUUGACCGGGAUUGAGGAGGAAGAUUAGAACAGGUGGAUUAGGGAUUUGGGGGCCAAACAGGACAGGAAUCGAUUAGGCGAGGAAAGAACGUCGGGAGGGCAACCUGAAGGACAAGGAUUGGAAUUUAGAACCAGCUUGGAACAUAAGAGGGCGAAGGAGCUCCUAGGGAUGUGGUGAGAUCGGGGCAUGGAGUUAGACUGGGGAUGAAGGAUAGACGGUCAUGGCACGAACGCCGAUGGCCUUGCAGGAUAGCAGUGGGGGAGCGGGUGCAGGGAGCACGCCCACGCGAUCCCGCUGUGUGACAGAAACAGUGAACGGUUCUCAUCACUUUACGAUUAAUGGAUACUCCCUCGCCAAGGGAAUGGGAGUGGGAAAGUAUAUUGCCAGUGACAGCUUCACAGUCGGCGGUUAUCAGUGGGCUAUCUAUUUUUAUCCUGAUGGAAAGAAUGCUGAGGACAAUUCAUUGUAUGUUUCGGUUUUUAUCGCUCUUGCCAGCGAGGGCACUGACGUGCGAGCUCUUUUUGAGCUAACUUUGUUGGACCAAAGUACAAAGGCGAAGCAUAAGGUUCACAGUCAUUUUGACCGCUCUUUGGAGAGUGGACCCUACACACUGAAGUACCGUGGAAGUAUGUGGGGUUACAAGCGAUUCUUCAGACGGGCCGUCCUAGAGACGUCUGACUUCCUGAAGAAUGACACCCUUGCUAUUACCUGCACUGUGGGUGUUGUCGUGUCAUCUACCCAAGGUCCGAAAUUGUAUUCUAUUCCACUUCCCGAGCCAGAUCUAGGUACUCACUUCGGUUCUUUAUUAGAUAGCGGAGAAGGCGCGGAUGUCACAUUUGAGGUUGAUGGCGAGAUUUAUCAGGCACACAAGUUGGUGCUGGCUGCACGCUCACCAGUGUUCAAGGCGCAACUAUACGGGCCUAUGCGUGAUCGCAAUGCCGGAAAAAUAAAGAUUGAAGAUAUUGAAGCUCCCGUAUUCAAGGCGAUGCUACACUUCAUCUACAGGGAUUCACUGCCCGACACUCACGAGUUGACGGGUUCCUCUUCUUCAGCUUCGACUUUGAUGGCACAACAUUUGUUAGCUGCCGCAGAUCGGUACGGGCUGGAUAGGUUGCGCCUUUUGUGUGAGUCUAAACUGUGCGAGGACGUCAGUACAGACACCGUGGCCACUACACUCGCGCUCGCGGAACAACAUCAUGCUUCACAGCUCAAAGCUGUUUGUCUGAAGUAUGCAGCAGCGAAUCUUGCAGCCGUCAUGCAUUCAGAUGGAUUCGAAUAUUUGAAAGACAGUUGUCCAUCCCUUCAAUCAGAGCUCCUAAGAACAGUGGCGGGCGUUGACGAGGAUGUAGGUACAGGGAUUAGAAACAGAAGUGUAUGGGGUCAACAUUCGGAUGGUACCGAUGCCAAUGGGCGACGAGUGAGGCAGAGGACCUAGGCAAAUCAUUGGCAAUUGUCAAGUGAUUGUAGGCUGUCUUGCUUGUCAAUAUAUUUUCUUCCAUUAAGACAUGCCUAGCUAGCUGUCAGCAGUCCUGAAUGUGGACUCGGGUACUGGCCUCUUGUUUAUGGUCAUCAUCAUGAGGUUGCUUGCUCUUUGAUGUAACCGUUCUUUUAGUCAGUUCAGAAUUCAGUAGUGUAGGAUGGGCGCAAGUAGUCAACCUCACCUUGUCAGUAGGAACGCAUGGAACGUAUGUGGUGAACGAAUAUGCUGCAACUGGAGGCGCCACAUAAGUUUUUGAUUAUUUCAGUGAUUGUCCAGAUGGUAGGUGAAUAGUGAAACUGUUUGAAAGUAAGGGAAGUAGUGAUCUUUAUGCCGUUGGAAGUCUCUUCCGCUUGGUCUCCACACUCACGAUCUAAGCCACGAAGUAGCUUCUUGUCGCAGCGGCAGGCGGCAGGCUAUGGGAUGUCUCUAUCCAUGUUCACUGUUGAGGAUACGAGAAAGUAAGUGAAUAGAUGUCUGUCAAAAUGGCAGAUCCCAAGUCUCUCAAAGUUGAUAGCUGUUGAUAUGCUGAUAGCCUUUCCCAAUGUACUGCCAAAUAAAGUCCUGUGAAGAAACUUUGGCCUAGGUGGCGAGGGAGAAGAAAGUUCUGUAGAAUGCAUUCCACUUUGACCCCUCUAUCUGACGAGCCAGUUAAGGCAAAGUCUCGCGCUCCUUGUUAUACAAAUCCCAAGUGAAUGGUUCGACAAUUUAACGCACUUCCUGAUCUUGUUGCCGAGGUAUGACAUACAG